GGGGCGGGCGGUCCGGCGGUGUGGCAGCCCACGAGGCGCUGGGCUGGAGCACACCCCCCCCCUGCGGUGACCGGGCGGUCCAGUGGCCUUUCAGAUCACUGUGGGCGACUGCGCGAGAUCAGGUUGUUUUUCAUCAUUGAGAACAUUGCCUGAAGCAGGUCCACCAUGCCGUUAGUAACCAGGAACAUCGAGCCAAGGCACCUGUGCCGUCAGACGUUGCCUAGCGAUACAAGCGAGCUGGAAUGCAGGACCAACAUCACCCUGGCAAAUGUCAUCCGACAGCUGGGCAGCCUGAGUAAGCAUGCAGAGGACAUUUUUGGAGAGAUUUUUACUCAGGCAAAUACAUUUGCCUCUCGGGUAAGCUCCCUUGCUGAAAGGGUCGACCGACUCCAAGUUAAAGUCACUCAGCUGGAUCCCAAGGAAGAGGAGGUGUCACUACAAGGAAUCAACACCCGGAAGGCCUUCAGAAGCUCCACCAUUCAAGACCAGAAGCUUUUUGACAGAAAUUCUCUCCCAGUGCCUGUCUUGGAAACCUAUAACACCUGUGAUACUCCUCCCCCUCUUAACAAUCUUAGCCCUUACAGGGAUGAUGGAAAAGAGGCACUCAAAUUCUACACCAACCCUUCAUACUUCUUUGAUCUCUGGAAGGAGAAGAUGCUGCAGGACACCAAGGAUAUCAUGAAAGAGAAGAGAAAGCACAGGAAAGAAAAGAAAGAUAAUCCAAAUCGAGGGAAUGUAAACCCGCGUAAAAUUAAGACGCGUAAGGAAGAGUGGGAGAAAAUGAAGAUGGGACAAGAAUUUGUGGAGUCCAAAGAAAAGCUGGGGCCUUCCGGGUACUCGUCGGCCUUGGUGUACCAGAAUGGCAGCAUUGGCUCCAUUGAAAAUGUAGAUGCAGGCAGCUACCCACCACCACCACAGUCAGACUCUGCCUCUUCACCGUCUCCUUCCUUCUCGGAAGACAAUUUACCUCCCCCACCGGUGGAAUUCAGCUACCCGACAGACAACCAAAGAGGAUCUGGCUUGGCUGGACCCAAAAGAACCAGUGUGGUCAGCCCAAGCCAUCCACCCCCAGCUCCUCCUCUGGGCUCUCCACCAGGCCCCAAACCUGGGUUUGCUCCACCACCUGCCCCUCCUCCUCCACCUCCAAUAGGCGUUCCACCUCCACCACCACCUAUAGGAUUUGGGUCUCCAGGGACCCCUCCACCACCUUCACCUCCAUCUUUUCCACCUCAUCCAGAUUUUGCUGCCCCUCCACCUCCUCCCCCACCACCUGCAGCUGACUACCCAAUGCCACCACCUCCCUUAUCCCAAUCACCAGGAGGUGCUCCUCCGCCUCCCCCUCCCCCUCCCCCUCCAGGGCCUCCCCCUCUGCCCUUCAGUGGCGCUGAUGGUCAGCCCGCUGUGUCACCACCGCUUUCUGAUGCCACCAAGCCCAAGUCCUCCUUGCCUGCUGUGAGUGAUGCCCGCAGUGACCUGCUUUCUGCUAUCCGUCAAGGCUUUCAGCUGCGCAGGGUUGAGGAGCAGCGGGAACAAGAGAAGCGUGAUGUCGUGGGGAAUGACGUGGCUACCAUCUUGUCACGUCGCAUUGCUGUUGAAUACAGCGACUCAGAAGAUGACUCCUCUGAGUUUGAUGAAGACGACUGGUCGGAUUAACUCUGUGCCUGCUGCCCACAUUCCUUGUCUCCUUCCUGCCUGUUGAUGCCUCCCCUGCCGAUCUGAUCCUGAGGGGGCGGGCAGAAAAAGAAUUUCAAGGGGCCAGAGUCUUCCCUACAGCAACCAAAGAUCUACCCAAGUACUUCCUCCAAAUCACUAUGUAUUUCCUUCCCCUGUCGCCUGGCCCAUGGGCUCCUGAGGGUCCCAUUGCUGGGGCGACUCCUCCUCCCUUCAAGUGACUGUUGCCUAUUGAAGGGAAGGCAGAGACCUAAAGCAGACCCCUUUGAUUGGGUCUAACUGGAGAUGGUGCCUUCCUCGAAGAACCAGUUUCACCUGUGGCCUUCUUCCAAAAUCUUUGCACUCAGCCUAUUCAAAUAAUGCUAGCCAUCUCCUAGUCUUAAAGCAGUGGGAGUGGCCUGCAUAGGCAUAGCUGCCCGCUUCUGUGCCCUGAGAGGGCAGAGGAGCCAAGAGUCCCAGCCACACCGCCACAGCCUUUGUCGCACACUCUGCUCUGGGUGGGGCUGCUUUGCUCACCAUGUCUCCUCCUCAGGUGCCUUUGUUCCAGGAGGCAUGGGACCUCUGUCCAGAAGUGAUGCUUUUCUGAAGACUGAGGCUGUUGUUUCUCUGCCAGGCCCCCUCUUAGUGAGCAUGGUGUUCAGGUGUCCUUUAAAUGACCCUCUCUCACUGCUAGGUGCCUUCAGUCUGCAAGGCCCAGUUUUAACCUCACAUAUUCCAUGACCAAACUAGCCCUGACACCAAGGGACUUGGGCAUCUGCUGGCUGUCAGGAGCAGAGCGUAGAGACUUGGAACUGCAGGGCUGGAAGAACAGUGGAAUUCCUUGGGUUCUACCUUCUAAGGAUGCUGAAGCUUUGAAAUGAAAAGUGACUUGCUCAAGGUCACUCAGUUGGAUAGUAUCAGACUUCUGUUUCCAAGUCACCUGUGCUUUCUGGGACCAAAUAAUGGGCACCUGCUGGAGUCCGGGCAGAGCAGUUAUGGCUCUGUGCUAGUCCAGACCUCCCAGUGCAGGGGUCCCACUGGGCUCAGGGCCUGUGGCAGCCCUGCCAGUGCAGCUCUGACCUUACGGCCUUUCUUACAACCUUUUGUUCUUCCUUCCUAUCUGCAGCCAGUCAUGUGGCAUGGAGCUGUGCUGGGAGACCAAAAGUAGAGAAGGGAGUGGGGCAGGCAGCCUUGACAGGUUCUGUUUUCCGUUCUGCUGCAGCUCCUCCCCCUUUUGUUUCCCCAAUUUAAGCAUAGGCUCUGCCAGCUGCAGAAACUUCAGUCCCUCAGGCUGGCAGCCGCCGCAGGUACCUGCCUGGGGGGGCCUGGCAGCCGUGAGGAAGGCUGAGAGGCAGAAGGACUCGGGGUCCUCUUUCUGCCCGCCCCCCACUGCACAUGGCGAUAGUGGCUCCCUCUUUGCUCCCCUUUCCAGAGCUAGUACACAGGUGCUGUUAUUGAGGAAAAAACUGGUCAGGUCUGGCCAACAGCAAGGUUUCUUCUCUUCUGCCCCAACUAUUGUGUAGCCUCUUACACUGAAAUUGGCUUCUCCUGGCUUCUCUGGCUUUCAGAGCCUGAAACAAAGAGAAACAGGAUCUGUCUCUACCCAGCACAGCAAAUGGUUGUAGUAAUUGCCAAAGCCCUCGUAAACCCCUCUGGCUUGAGGAGAGUGUGUAAUCACGGGUUCUGCUGCCCGCCCUAGCUGAAUGCCUCCCCUCUGCCUCUUCUUGAACUCAAAUGUGGGGAUAGAGCUGCAGGUGCCAGCAGGCUCUCCUAUGGCUACUCCAGAGAGUGUCCUGCCCCCACCGCCACCACACACACAAAUGCACUCCCCAGAUCCAGUAUCUCUGGCACCGGGCUUGGCACCCAGCUCCAUGCUGCGCCUGUUUCCCACUCUGCACUUUGGAAGCCAAAGGUGCUUUCAUCAGAACCCUAAAAUGUCUAGUGAAGGUGCCCGGCUGCAACUCAGCAGUGGUGUGGGAGGCAGGCAGAGAGGGCAGUGGUUCUCCCAAAUAGGAGUCCUGGGGCCUAGCCAGGCCAGGGUUUGGGCCUAAUGGCUUUGACUAAAUUACCCCCAUCCUCCUCCUCCUUUCCGGAAAAAGGGGAGCCAGAGCCGCUCGCUCUCAUUCUGCGCUGACCUUGAAGGGGGUGGCGUUGGCCUGGCUUCUGGAAUGGACAGAGUCCACCAGGAAAGGGCUGGGGGCAGGAGGAGGUGGGGAGGGCCCUGCCUGCGGAAGGUAGGAUUAGAUCAUUAGCUCACUGACCUCCUAGGGUUUCGAUGUGCUGUGUUCUCAUCCUACAGCUGGUUUGGUAAUGAUCUGCAAGUCCCGGAGAGCCACAGCACAGCUCUGCCUGACGCUCUCAUUAAAAUCUAUGCAGCCAAGCUCAGUGCUUUGUAGCAGCCGGCCUUGCGAAGCUCCUCAGCUCGGGGGGCUGGGGACCCAGUCAGCUGAGAGGCCCUCUGGGCUCUACUUAUGCAUAUGUGCACCAAAAAAAUAAAAGGGGGGCUUCUUUAAACCCAAAGCCCUUUAAGAUGAUAAAGGACCCGGUGCAGGUAGGCGUGUGUUUGUGGAAUACUGUAAUUGUAGAAUGCAAAGUUCGGUGGUUAUUUAAACUGGGCCAAGGCUGGUAAAAGUAUGAAAUGGUGACCCAUAAGGACUCUUAAGAGCUGAAGCCAAGAAACCACCUCCCUUCCUGGACUGCCUAGCCCAGGGGACCUGCCCCCAUUCCUGUGGCCCAGGGGCCCAGCUUGCAGUCGGCAAUGUCAGAAGUGACUUGUGGCUUUGCUUGGUCGUGAGAUGAUUUCAUUCCAAGGGAGCAGGCGAAGGGGGUGGGCAGCCAUCCCUUGGAGGCUUAGAGCAGCUGGCCCAAGCUCCUGCUUGCCUGCAGUGGAAGCUCGAGCGCCCUCAGAAACGACCCUGGCCAAUGUCACCGCAGAGCUGAGGCGGUGUUGUCAGGGCUAAUGUGAAAUCUCUUCCCGUGGCGCCGAUCCUCCGACUCUGCAGCGCCAGCUUGGACAGAUUGAGGUCUCUGUGGCUUUAGUGACCCUGCUUAAGCAUUCCCACCGUGUCCCUGCACUGCACGAGGACUGCUUUCUGCCACCGCCCCUCACCUGACCUCAGGGCCUGGGGAGGGAAUCUGUGCACCAGGGCAGGCACUCCUACUCAGGAGAGAUGUCAGCCUUCCUGGGGGGCAUCCAGCUUUGAGUUCUGCCAGUGCCCAGCCAUCCUGGGACCAGGUGUCCCACAGAGACAUGCCUCCUCUUGUGCUUCCUGCCACACUCACCUUAAUAGGGCCUCAGUGAAGGCCAGGGAACAAUUCUGGUACUGUAUUAACUUGAUUCAGUUAAUUCACUUGAGAAACUAACCAAUUUUUACUUUCUGUCUAGAAUGAUGUACUCGUAGGAGAGUAAGCUGUAAUGCUCCCAAAGUGCCUUGUUUUCUCUGAUAUAAAUAUAUUUAUAAGGACAUGUUCCAGUGGGUUUUGGGGUGUGUUUUCCACAUUAGGAUUUUGAGAGUGAAUAAUGUAGUGGGGAUACCAUCUGAAAAUAAGCCCCUUUCCCCACAGGCUGGGGAAGGGGCUCUUCAGCUGAAGAUCUGAGCAGUGGGGUUAAACCAAACCUCUAAAGUGGCCCUUUCCUCUUCUGCUCUACUCUCAUGCUUUUAGAAGGACAUCCUUUGAUUUUUUUUUUUUUUUAAUAAGGUCUCAUAGCCCAGGCCAGCCUCAAACUUGCUAUGGAGCCAAAGCUAGCCUUGAACUUUUGAUCCGCCUGCCUCAGCCUCCCUAGUACAGGGAUUUUAUGCAUACCACACUCAGCUGGGACAACCAGUGCUUGAGAGCCCUAUGGCUCCUGGUCUAAUUUGCCUCCCUCCCAGGCGUGUGUAUGUGUAUGCCCCAUGUAUAUCCCAGUGACCUGAAGAUUCCAUGUAACUAUUUUAUGUAUAAACAUGAAUACUUACUUAAAUGCUAGUGUUUUCAUUAAUUUGAUAAACUCUUCAUAGCUACUCA